AUGUCCGUCAACUCUCCCCCCGCCCAACCCUCCUCCUCGCCGCUCGGUCGGAAUCGCAGCUCCCUGCUGGCCCGGUUUUGCUCGCCCUUUUCACAACGGAAUCGCAGCAUCGCCGAUUACUACAUCGAACCCGACGAUCCCUGGCGCUCCUACUUCCCCGGGGAUGCGAUCAAGGGCACUGUUGUCCUUACCGUCGUCCGCCCCGUUCGCAUCACGCAUCUCGUCAUUUGUUUACACGGCUUUGUCAAGGUUUUUAAGAACACCGUCCCGUCGGGAGAGGCCUCUCCGGACGCGGGAUUUUUGGGUCCUGGACGCGGGCGUCGAGGCGCAGAAUAUCUGGGCAAUGGAUUGGCCACAUUAUUUGAGAAUGAGGAUGUCCUCUGCGGAGAGGGUCGUCUUAAGGAGGGGGUCUACAAGUUUCGCUUCGAGAUGUCCUUUCCGCCGUUCGCCUUGCCGAGUAGUAUCAGUUUUGAAAGAGGCACCAUUACUUAUAUGCUUACGUCCACCCUAACCAAACCUACGACGAUGAACCCUACCAUGUCCUGCCGAAAACGCGUGAAUUUGUUGGAAAAUAUCGACAUAGCGCCCUUUCCGGCCCCGAGAGCCCGCGUGGUCACCUUAGAACCGGUAUCGAAACGAUCGAAAUCCAAGGCGAAGGCCAGGUCGGGAGAAUCGGACACCGCGCAGGACUCGACAUCACUAGAGCCGUCGGUGAACGGCACCGCCGGGUCCGCCGAUAAUCGACCGCCCCUCAGUCCCGCGCCGAGCAACGUGAGCUCGUCCAGUCGAUUGAGCAAUAGCAGCCAGAGUUUUCAAAUCGCCAGCGAUCCUAGUUCCUCCACCAGUACGGGGAUGCGAAACAGCGAGGGUCGGAGUACCACACCCUCCAUCGCGGAUAAGACGAUCACCGCCAAGACAGAGGUAUUGCGCGCGGGCGUGCUACCGGGAGAUACGCUCCCCAUCAAAGUCACUAUCAACCACUGCAAACAAGUGCGCAGCGCGCAUGGCAUCAUCGUCACCCUCUACCGCCAGGGCCGCAUCGAUCUCCAUCCGGCCAUCCCUGUCGGCCCGUCGACGGACGGCAAAAAGCCGGUCUACGAGGACUACUACCCCCGAUCGCGGACGGGACUCGGGGGGCUGACAAUCGGGACGAGUCGCACCAGCAGCGUCUUCCGGAAGGACCUGACUCAGACCUUCGCCCCUUUAGUAGUGGAGCCGUCGACCCUCACGGCCGUCGUGAAGACGUCCAUUCGCAUUCCCGAAGACGCCUUCCCCACGAUCACGCGCACGCCGGGCAGCAUGAUCAACUUCCGAUACUACGUCGAGGUGGUAGUGGACCUGCGGGGCAAGCUCGGCUCCCCCGAUCGCCUUCUGCCUCGGUUCAAUCUGAUGACUUCGGGGAGCAACUUCUCCCCGAGCGGACAGAUCUUGAACCCAGCCGAUUCCAACAGCAAUAACAUGAUCACCGCCAACUGGGCCGGCAACAUCCUAGAUACCGACCAGAUUCGGCGCGAGAAAGGCGUCGUGGCCGUCGCCUUUGAGGUGGUGAUCGGCACGCGCGAUUCGCAUCGCCGGAAAAGCCAGACGAAGCGCACGUCCUCCACGGCGGCCAUGUCCGACCUCCAAUCGUCGCAGCCGGCGGAGGUCGACGGCUGGCUCUCCGACCAGAGCCCAAUGCCCACGGCCGACACGGAGCAACACCGUCCGGCACAGGAGGACUACGGGUUCCCUCAGGAGCUGCAAUGGGCGGAUCACGUAGAAGAAUCGCAUUCUCCCCCGCAACCAUACCAGUCCUUGGGGCAAAUGGUGUCGACGCCACAGUCGGAGGAACCGGGCGAUGAGAAAGCCCGGAUGCGCCGUGCCGAACAGACGCUGUUGCCUAGUCAGCCGCCGGACGAGCCCGAGGCGGGACCAUCGACGGAGAUGGUGGUUCCAACGGCGCCUGUGCUACCGGAAGACGAUCGGCUCCAUGACUAUCACCAUCUGCCAUCCCCGGCGGAAGAAAGCAUGCCGCCCGGCUUGGUAUCAGCCGAGUCCGUGCACACUGUGGUACCUGGCAGCAGUGCGUCGGCGGCCGUCGCAACGGCAGCGGAAACUUCUGCCGACGACAAGCAGGAAAUGGAGCGACAAAGGCUCAUGAUGGAGGCCAGUGCUCCGGGCGACGUUGAAGCACCGCCCUCACAUACAGAAUCGGCGGACGGGCCGAGUGCGCCGGUCUUCCAUGACGAUGGCGAUCACCAGUUAGUAGGGGGGAUGGCGCAUGGCGAUGAGUCUCUCCCGCGCUAUCAGCGAUAG